AUGGACGCAACGCGGCAAGGCCUCCUCUCGCGGUAUCACGACGCCGCGCGGAAACUCGUCGAGUCGCCCCUCUGCGCGUCGUGCGCGGCAAAAGCAGCCCCGGACCCGGACUGCCAAGCGAUGAACAGCCUCGUCAAGCGCCAAGCCGCGGCGCUCCUCCGGCUCCACGCGCCGCGCGACGGCGCCAACGUCGACGAGGCGCUCCUGCAGCGGCGCCUGGACGACCUCGCGUCCAUCUGCAUGGCCAAGUUCUACGCCUACCGGUUCGACCGGCUGCCCCACCACUGGCGGCAGAUCUACACGGACACGCUGAUCCUGGGCACCUUCCAGGCCGUGGUGCAGACGCUCCGGGAGGGCGGCGGCGGCGGCGGCGGCCUCGAGGGCGUCCUGGACGGCGUGGUGGGGAGGCUGGACCGGGCGCUCAUCACGGCCGGCGGCGCGGGCGUCCUCGGCGGCGCGUGGAUCGAAAAGACGCUCGAGCUGCUCGAGCGGCUGGCCGGGGAGGAAGGAGACGGGGACGGGGACGGGGACGGGGACGGGGACGGGGACGGAGAGCCAGGGCCGGCCGCCGAGGGAGCGAGGCGGUGCGCGGGGCGCGGGGGCUUCUUCCCGUCGCACGAGCCGCUCGGGCGGCCGGCCGUGACGGAGGCGCGCCUGUGUCCCCGGCACGGCGGCUGGUCGCUGGACCGGUUCGAGAGGUACAUGAACGACGGGGCGGCGCAUCCGCGGCCCGUCGUCUUCACCGACCUGCUGGACGGCUGGCCGGCGCUGACGACGCGGCCGUGGAAAUCGCCCGGCUACCUGCUCUCCAGGACCUUUGGCGGCCGGCGCCUCGUGCCGGUGGAGGUGGGCAGGAGCUACGUCGACCCGGGCUGGGGCCAGGAAAUCAUCCCGUUCGAGCAGCUCCUCUCGCGGUACGUGGCCGCGCCGCCGGGCGCCGCCCCCGUCGGGUACCUGGCGCAGCACGACCUCUUCCGCCAGAUCCCCUCGCUCAGGAGCGACGUCUCCGUCCCCGACCUCUGCUGGGCGUCGGUGCCGCCGCACCCCACCGACCGGGCCAGGGACCAGGCGCCGCUCGAGGCGCCGCAGCUCAACGCGUGGUUCGGGCCCGCGCGCACCAUCACGCCGCUCCACACCGACGGCUACCACAACUUGCUCGCGCAGGUCGUGGGCACCAAGUACGUGCGCCUGUACCCUCCCUGGGCGAGGGGGAUCAGAGGCCGGCGGCCGGAGCACGGCGUGGACAUGAGCAACACGAGCGUGCUGGACCUGGGCCUUGUGCAAGGAUGGGAUGCUGAGGAUUCGGAAACGGCGGCAGCGUCGGGCGACGAGCUGGACGCGGCGAGGAGGGAGUUGGAAGGGGUGGAGUACUGGGAAUGCAUCUUGGGAGAAGGGGACACCUUGCUGAUUCCGCUGGGGUGGUGGCAUUACGUGAGGAGUUUGAGCGUGAGCUUCAGUGUGAGCUUUUGGUGGAAUUGA